AUGAAGCUAUACUUACCUCAGCUUCCUGCUGAAAUCCUACUCAAGAUUUUUCGCAAUUUUGAUCACCUUUUUUUCAAUUUCCAACUCACCUACAUAAACGAUUUCCAUCCAAAUAUUCAGCAAGUAUUUAAUGCUAUAUUGUUUGAAACAGUGAGAAUCUAUAUUUCACUCAGGAAUAAGAAAGGAAAAUUAAUGCAUGGAAUACCUGGUGGCUACGAUGUUGAGAAAGGACCUGUUUUUGCAGUAAUAACCUCAUACAUUGAGAAAUCUUUUACUCUUCAAAAUAUUCAGUUUAUUAAGACUUUGGAAAUCAAAUUGCCAGAAUCUGAAUCACAUUGCAAAUCAUGCGUUAUUGAUGAUUUGGUCUUGAAGAAAACCGAGAAGCGUAUUGAAUUUAUGUUGACAAACUUGACACAAGAGAUUGACUUGAAAAUUAUUGAACCUCGGAUCACAUUAAAGUUGAAAGAUACAAAUCAGAGAAUCAAAUCAAUGUAUUUAAGCUCCCUUAAAAAUCUAACGACCCUUCUGAAAAAUAGUCAUUAUUUCACAAAUAUUACGAAUUUAACACUUCAGGAUGUACGCCUUGAUAAUAUAGGAAAUUUGCCAUGUGCGAGAAGUUUGAGAGUCUUGAGAUUCAAUCAUCGGGGUACCAAUGACCUUGAUGGACAGAACCUCCGAUUGCCGAAGUUGAAAUCAUUGGAUAUUUUUAUUGAAAAGGAAAUAUCUAUAAAAAAUUUUAAUGAUGUCUACCUCCCACUUCUUGAGAAUCUUACUGUUCAUCUGGGUAAUGCUGUCUCAUUUGAGAGCUCUCUAGAGUUGCCAAACUUAAAGAAAAUACAUGUGGAUAAGAAUGGUAGUGGUACUGAUAGUUUGGUAUCAUACUAUGGACUUGAAGGGUUGAGGGAAGGGAAUUUCAGUUCCAAUUGUAUCAAGGCAAUAGCUCCGGAGAUUUCUAGAUGGAAGAACAUUGAGGUCCUUGAUUUGGGUUUUAACAAUAUAUUAUCCAUGAAAAAUGUAGCUCUCGUGAGCACCUUGAGAAUGUUGAGCUUGCAAGGAAACAAAAUAAGAGAUAUUCAGGGAUUAUCAAAUUGCAAAAAUUUGCAGCAAUUAAACCUCCGUAGAAACAAAAUUGUUAGGUUAGAUGGAUUACAUGGUGUCUAUAAUUUAGAAAGACUAGAUCUUAGUUACAAUGUCAUCAAAGGAAUUCACCAAAACUUCACUGGUUUCAAAAGACUUGAGAUGCUCUCAAUUCUGGGAAAUGAUAUUGCUAAUAUAGAAAGCUUACGAAAAUUAACUUCUUUGACUACUUUAGAUAUCUCACAUAAUAACAGGAUUGAUGAUAUUAGUCCUGUUAUUAGGUUGCCAAAAUUGACCAAGUUUUAUAUGAAGGGGGUUAAAGUCAAGAAAAUAAGUAUCGGAAAGUUGGAUUUAUUCUUGGAAAAUGAAUCUACUUGA